AUACCAUGUGGCAAUUCAAAGCACUAUCGUAACAUCAAAGAGUACGUGCCACUCCGUAGUUGCAGGAGAGAUAUAACCAGUCACCUUCAACGGUUGAAAACAUCUCAAGCAAACAUCAAAGGUGAAUGGCAUCUGAUACUUUUGAGAGCUGGGUUAUUUGAUGAAGAUGGUGAGACGCUCACAAUCUGUCCCCUGCACAGAGAUAUUUUUGGUACUAUCUGGAAUUCAAGUAGACCAGUUGCAAAAUGCCAUCAUCCGCUUCAUGGCCGAAGCAGGGCUAAGCCUGAAAGAGGGAUUUCGUUGGAAAUUUCAAAAGAAAUUCAAGUUUACUGGGGAGUUCUCGUGCCCAUUGGAUCAGGUAUUUGUGAACUGUGUGGUUUACUCAGUUUCCCUCUUUCUUCUUUCUUUCUUUCUUUCUUUUUUUUUUCCAAUACUUACUCAUUCUGUUCCUUAAAUUCUAGGUAUAUGCAUCAGGUGCAGAAAAUUACAUUUAGAAGAAAGAGGGAAAAGAGAAACACAAAUACUUCAGGUGAGUAUAUAUUAACCUCAAAAGUGGUUCCGUUGGUCACACAAUUUUUUUGUUUAUUUGGAAUUUAGCAGCAAAGUCUGAAUUAUGAGGAAACAACUAAAGUCGCUGUGGUUACUAGAGCAGUUCGAUCCCAUGGUUUCUUACCCUUACUUUUUACAAGAAAAUCAGGCACUUAGAGCCGAAGAAAGUAUUGCAUUAUAAUAUUAUUUAUAUCGCUCAGAGUUCUGCCUAGGAUCCCUCUCAUCAAUCCACUCAUUCUUUCAUUUCUUCAAUUCUUCAGUCGCCCACUUUAUCGCUGAAUCACAUUUUUUUUUUCAUUAAUUCAUUCUCUUGUAUGAGCGUUCGUCCGUUCGUUCGUUAGUUCAUUCCUUAAUUCCUUUCCUUCGUUUGAACUUCAUUCAAUAAGUCCCUAUUUGCAAUAUUUUACAUUUACCAGGUGACAUCCGAACACACAGGCGAUGUUGAGAAUCCUCCUUAUGGCGAUCUUAAAAACCAUGUGGUAAGUUUCCGGCUUUCAGGGACACUUCCCCUACAAUCCGUUGAACGGUAUCUGGAUAUUGCUGAUCCUUUUAUAAAAACUAAAUUACGGUUUAAAAUUCUCCACGCACAUUAACAGUCAUCUACCAUGGAUAAUAUUUUCCUUAUUUCAAUGAAUUUUCGAAUACCUCUCGUGAAAUCAUUUUUCCCCCCACUUUUUUUCCUUCUAUCCUUUUUCUUCUAUUUUCAAAUGGAGUUUAUUUCGAAGUUCCUCUAGCAGUAAUGUAAAUGACUGAAUGAAAAUAAACAUUAACUCUUAUUAUCAUUUAAUUACGUCUUCAGGAACAGGCGGCUCCUUUGGAUUCAAACCCUACCACUGAAUCAGGCGACUUCAUAAACGUUAGAGAAAAUCGUCUUGUGGAUGAGUGUCCGGUAUGUUUAUUUUUACUCAUGCAUUGAUUUAACACUUAACAUAAACGACAGAUUAGUUUACAGAUAUUAAUCAUCUGCAUUGCUCUUUAUUUUUCUAGGCUCAAUGUAAUGAACAUGAAGUGAGCAUUGGUAGUCCUCUAGAUGAGUCAUUGCCAGAAGAAGACAUUUCAUAUGAAUGGUGUUCUACUCCAUGUGUGAAAUCGGGACUGAAAGCGGUGAAUGAGUUUAUCCGCUCAGCUCCUUGUGCUCGUGGUAGGAUAGAUCCAGUGGUUCGUCAGUUGAGUAUACCUUGGAAGGAAGCUGCACCAAGCACACAGAGAUAUUACAGACAGAAGGGGAAAGAGAUCAUUGAAGUGGCUCUGGAUUGCCUUGCUCCAGGGCAAGCCAUAGAAUUACUUUCAGAGUUGAUGAAACAUAUGGAGAAAAAAGAGAAGCAAAAUAGUGUAGAUACUGAUGUUAGCGAAAUAUCGCGCCUGAUUAAAUUGUACGAAGAGGCCAACAGUUGGUUUACUAAAAAGCAAAUCCUGUCAGUAUUUGUAAACGAUUACUCUAAAGCACAACUUCAGCUGCUUAUUCCUGGAGUAAGCAUUUGGGCGAUAGAUGAGGCAAGAAGGCAUGCCGCUAAGGUGGGGGUGGGUAAACCAGUGCCACAGAUGGAGGCCAUUACACGCGCAAGACUGGAUCCAAGCAAAGUAGACCAUUUUCUAGAUUUUAUCAGCAGACCAAAUUUCGUGCAAGAUGUUGCGUACGGAACAAAAACGCUAAAAUUGUCGAAUGGGGAGAAGAUGGAGAUUCCAAACGUGGUUAGGACAGUUAUUGCUUCAAGGAUUGUGGACUUAUACCAGCAGUACUGUCAGGAAACCGGUUUCCUUUCACAUGGGAGGUCAACCCUCUUCAGUAUUUUACAGGUACGUAUCAAAACAAAAUCAUGAUUUAAAAUCAGAAGAAGAGCGAAAAAAGAAGGAAAAAUUGGGGGUUUUUAUAUUCUGUUAUCUCAUGUAGAUAUCACGAAGAUAUCAUUAUAUGCAUUAAUUGUGUCAUGUUUCUUAGUUUAAACUACUUCUUCAGCUUGAUUAACUGAAAAUUCCUUUAGCCAUGCAUAUAGGUGGGGAUUAGAAAAGAGCAAACGCUCUGGAUGAGAAAAGCAGUAAAUAUGAACACGAGGAGAAAAAUAUAACAAAAUGUCAUUAUUCUAUAGAUUUGUGCAGCAUCACAAAAGAAGUCUUUGGCAGGACUUGACAACAUCGCUACAGAGGGAUCGCAAGCCUUCGAUACACUCGAAGACGUUGUAAACAGGCUAGGAAAGUUAGGUAAGCUCAGGUUGAUUUAAGUUUUGUCCCGAGGAGGCCUGAAUCUUCCAAUUUUGUUUCUAUAUAAUGCUAUUUUUCAGUGCACGUUUAACACGCAAACCACCCAACCUCCUAGGCCAAUUUAAUUUUUGGACUUCUUAUUUCUUCUUUAAGGUUUGUCGAAACCAUUUUUUUAAAAAGCAUAUAUUUUAUACUGUGCAAUUUGAACAAAGGCCUGGCCUCUUAACGAAAUUUAGCAUAUAUGAGCGGCUUUAUCUUAAAUAGAAGUAAUUAAAAAAAAAGAGUGGUAACAUUAGCGUGCCUUUUUAAAGGUAAAAGUUCAGCCUGGGUUCAAGGUGUUAAAGAUCGCUUGAAAGCUGGUAAAAGCUACCUUAAGACAAACUUCAAGAUCCGCGUUUCUGAAGAAAGCCAGUGUGCUGAUCACUGCCGGGUAUUUGCGUUGUCUGACCCUGAAGAUCAUCUCUGUGAGCAUGAACACACGAAAUCAUGUCAAAGCUGCGACAAUAUCAAGAAUGUUCUUGAGGAAAUAGAACUAGUAUUGUCAUCAAGAGACCUUCACUUCAGGUAAACGAUUACUGAUACCAUGUUCUAUAGUCUUCUUUCAAAACCAAAAACCUAAACUUUCUUACAGUCAAAACCAAAGAAAGAAGACCGAUUUCUCCCCUAACAGAUUUUAUAUUGUUCAGUUUAUUGUUGAUCGUUUCAUUUUACACAUGCAAAAAAACUUCUUCACAGGAUAUUACGAAAAGAUAUAUAUUGCAAUUUUACCUGAUCAUGAAGAGUAAGUUUUCUAAUUGUCAUAUCUUAAUCACCUUUUUUGCAAUUGGAAAUGGGUGGCUCAGGUGACUGAAAUCUACAGUUGUUUAACAUCGGAAACAAUGCCGCGUUUACUUCAUUAAAUAAAGAAUCGGGAAAAAUAUACCGUGCAAAGACAAGCAAAUGAUGUCGCCCUAAAACGUCAAGAAAUUAUAAUUACACCUUUGAUAAUUGAACGAAACCAUCAACUUUUUUAUUUUGAUUUUUAGAUAUCAAGACGAAAAGGAGGAACUAGAGCAUGACGUUAGUAACGCUAUAGACAAGAUUGAGCGAUGGAAGGCCCACAUCUUAAGAGCAGUACACCAGGACGUAGCAAAGGAUGAUAUCCUCAACAAUAUGACGCCAGAGCAAGCUUUAAUUAUCAUGGAUUGGGCUAUGAAAUUCCUUCCGUUGAAGUAUAGGGAAACGCAAGGAGAGUGGUUUGGAAAGAAAGGCCUCUCUUGGCAUGUCACAGCCGUGAUAACAAAACCGAAGGAAGAGUUUGAGGUAUAUUCUACAGGCACAUCCCACAUCUGACUAUGGGCAUAUCCAAAACGGUGCAUGAUGCUUUGUCUGUCUCUGUAUGUACUACGCCGCUCAGUCGGAUUAUGCGCAAAUCCUUUUUUGACAACAUGGAACUACACUUAUAAGAAACGUAGGAAUUGCAUGCCGAAAUUUUGUCUUUUAAAAGGACACCUGUAGGGAUCUCUUCUCGGAAGAGAUCCCUGUUUGUUGACACUGUGUUGAUUCUCGUGAGCGACCGUUUACAGGAGGUUUGACGGUAUAUUCCUUAAAUUACCAUUUCAGUUUCAGAUAUUGUAGAAGUCGAAUUUGUGUCCUAAAUAGAAGAAAUGCUGAGUUUUCAUCUUAUUCCCUGAGUAACAGUAGAGUUAUCCACAUUCACUUGCUGUACAAAAUACGGUAAAGGCAAUGUAUAAAUUAGGUAUUGACAGUGGAGGUAGGUCGGUGUCCGCGUGACAGGUUAAAAGCUUACACUGAUCAGUUACUUUAUUGGCACAUUCUACUGAGGAAAUAAUCCCUUGAAAUCUUUAGCUAUGAAGUGCAGGAAGAUACGAGGCAUAGUUAUAGUCAAGGGAUGAAACAACAAGUUGACAACAGAUAGGAUUACCAGAAGAGUAGGUAUUUGAAAGUCAGUGAGCUUUCCUGUUGUACUUUAUUUAACGUCAUGGAGCCGAUAGUGUAACAUUAUUUCUUAUGUUCAUUUGUAUAGGUAAGGACAUACGUUCAUCUGCUGGAUCACUGCAGCCAGAACUGGUUUGCUGUUGCAUCUAUUUAUGAGAACACGCUUAUGGAAAUAAAGAGGAAGUCACCUGAGAUUGUCGAGGCGUUUGUACGUAGUGAUAACGCUGGAUGUUAUCACUGUGCUCUUUUAUUGCUUAGUAUUUCUGGUAUUAGUCAACGAACAGGUGUAACUACAAGCCGAUACGACUUCAGUGAAUCAAACAGUGGUAAAGAUAUAUGCGAUCGACAUAUUUCUCCUUUGAAAAGUCAUAUACGCCAGUACGUCAAUGCAGGAAAUGAUGUCGAGAACGCAAAAGACAUGAAGAAAGCAAUAGAUUCUUACUCCGGAGUUAGAGGUUGCCGUGCAUCAGUUGUAAAGGUGGACACUUGCGCCCAGGAUCUGCAUAAUCACAACUGGAACGGAGUACUGAUGUUUUCAAACUUCAAGUUUUGCGCAGACGGAAUCAGGAUGUGGAAAGCCUUUAAUGUUGGAGAAGGAAAGUUCGUUCGUUACGAUAAGCUAAUGAAGAGAGGCACCAGCCAGGGAAGUACCCGAUUGGAGGUCGUUGAGCCCUUCACAUCCCCGCGUGUGUCGACUGGCUUCUUGUACAAAAAUAGCAAAACGACGGAAAACACAAGUGAACCUUGUGAAUUCAGUUGCCCUCAACCAGGCUGCAUCAAGUUAUUCAAAACGACAACAGCGUUACAAAACCACCAGGACUUUGGCAAACACAUUUUUUGCACCCAAAAGGAUUCCACGCAUGACAGUAUUAAGCGUAAAUGGGCUAACGCAUGCACCAACCAACGCCCUUCAUAUAUUCCAUCUAAAAAGAACCUUGAAGGACUGAGCCAAGAAGAGUGCAGAGAGUACCCCACUGCUGAGCCUGGCUGGGCCUUGAAGAAAAACAAGAAGACUGGGAGAUUUUCAGAACAUGUCAAAGAGUACCUUCUUAAACUGUUUCUUGAUGGAGAAGAUACAGGAAAUAAGAGCGACCCUGCCGUUGUUGCCUCAAACUUUAAGUCACUUCGUGGACCAGAUGGCGUAAAAUUGUUUUCUUCUAAGGACUGGCUCAGCACUCAACAAGUUACAUCAUACUUUUCACGUCUCGCAUCGGUCGCUAAGAGUGGAAAGCUUUCUUUAAACAAGAAGACUGUAAUAGAGGAAGAAGAUAUGCUCGAUGCCCUUGUUGAGAGAGGAGAACGAGAGUCCAUGCGAGAGAAAGUUUUUCACGUUGUGGACUUAUAA